UCGCGGCGCGCUGCUGCCGCCUGUCGCGCUCCGUGUGCUCUGUGGCCCCUUUCGGCGGUGCGCGCCUCCCUCCCCCAGGGGCUGUUUCGAAAGCUGACGGGGUUUUUUUUUGCAAGCUGUGCCAUGGCGGAGGGGGCGGCAGGUACCGGUCUGCGCGCGGAAUGUUCUGGCUUCCGAGGCCACUCGCUGGCAGUUGGCACUACUCAACCGGCAGCCGCCGGCAGGGCACGCUGCAGGACGGGCGCUUUCCCUCGUCCUACUGCCCUGCCAUGGCCACGCUCCUUUUUCUCCUCCAGCUGCUCACGUUUUCCCAGCAAGCCCUGCGAGCCUCCUCUCCGCGUAUGCAGCCGCCCCCCCUGGUGGUCACCUGCCUCGGGGCUCACGGGCGCGGCUCCCAAGGGCGCAGCAGCGAGGGGUGGCUCUCCUGCCCGGCGAAUGGCACCUUGAAACUGCGUUACCAGCCAGCCCCGGGAGCAAGAGUGGCGGCGGAGAGCAGCGGGAGGCAGCCUCCCUCCCCGCCGCACUGCCUCUGGUACCUGAAUUCGGUUUGGGUGAAGAACAGCUCGCUCUGGUCAGGCCAAGUCACGCUCCAGACAGGCCUCUCCCCGGCAAGUGCUCUUUGGCCCGUGGCCUCCCAUCUCGUUACAGUGCAGUGCUCAUCUGCCUCGUGCGCUGCACCCGAGUGCCUGUACCGCAACUUGAGCCUCGAGAUGUCAGCAGCAAAACGGGCCACCCAGAAGAGCGCACGUGCGUACCGUGAUCGCACGAGAAGCACGGCCUGUUUGUUCCAUUGCUCUGCUUUCCCCUUGGAUCCAGGGAAACACCGAGGAUUCGUGGCAAAAGUGAACAGUGCCCUAAGUGGACUGACGCCGGCUCUCCCACGAGUCAGUGCUUCAACAGAACCAGCACUGCUUCACCAGGAAGCUGCCUGCAAAUUAAACUUGGUUACAAUUCAAAAGCCUCCUCUUCACACCUCUGUCAUACAUCAGAAAAAGGGUACAACGUUCUACCUGCGUGCCAGAGUGCUGGUGGACUGCAGCCUCCGCGUGUCCAUAAAGCCUAAGUGGAUAUUCUAUGCUGUUAAGGACAUGAAAACUAAUCCAGACUGGGAUAGACCUUUAGAUAUAUCAUCACUGCACGGCGUACACACAGUACAGUUAAUGGUUCCCAGCUGGACUCUGGAUUAUGGAAUGUAUCAGGUCUAUUUCACUGCUUCAGUAUAUGUGCUCGGGACCAAAAGAUCCUUCAGCAAGACAGACAGAAUUUUUCUCGAGAUAGAGAGAACUAAUCUCGUGGCAAGUAUUGCAGGAGGCGUCUUCCGCACAGUGAGCUUUUUUGAUAAUUGGACUCUUGAUGGCUCUGUGUCCUAUGACCCCGAUUCAGCGGAACGACUAAAGGGAAUCACGUUUACUUGGUACUGCACUAAAAAGCUGUCGGACUAUGAGAGCAUGAGGAUCGGUGCGGGAAAUAAAUGUCAUCCAGCCCAGAGGGAUUUGAGGUGGCUGACGCCUUCAGGAGCUGUUCAAGUGGUAGCACCGGAAUCCCUCCCAGGAAAUGCUGUCUACCACUUUCGUUUAGUCAUUCAGAAGGACCGAAGAAAGAGCUAUGCCGACCAAAGCGUAAGCGUGCAGUCUGGCUUCUCGCCUCUUCUGGAUGUGGCGUGCCUUGAGAACUGUGGCAGCACCGUAAUUCCGACGGAGAGGUUUACGUUGUCAGGCAAAUGCCUCAACUGUCGAACAAGCAGCCAGCCAGUGUACCACUGGUCGCUCUGGCUGGAAAAUUCUACAGAAAUUAGCUUUGACUGGUCUUCCAGAACCUCAACAGGCAGGUCCGGUGCUUACCUUUCUAUACAUGCUCUGACUUUUACCAGUACUGCAGAUCAAUCGUACAUACUGCUACUAAAAGUGACUACCUGGGGCGGUAGGUCAUCGCUCUACAGAUAUGCAUUUAAAGUAAAUUCUCCACCCAGGGCUGGCAAGUGUAGCAUCAGCCCCCACCGGGGUACGGCUUUCCUGACCAAAUUUGUUGUCCAGUGCAGUGGGUUUUCUGACAGCAACUUACCUCUGACAUACAAAGUCAUAGUGGCUUCCGACGUAUCCAAAACUGCCAAAAUUAACUCGGUGGAGGACAACACGUUUGGCACAAUUCUGUACUUUGGCUAUCAGCCUAGAAUGCCUCCAUCCCUCCUCCCAGUCGGUGUACCCUCUCGGAGGUAUACGCUGACACUGUACGUUCAAGUGUGUGAUUCUCUGGGGGCAUUUACCCAACUGAGUCUGCAUGUCAGAGCACAGAACCCAGUGAAAAGUCGACCACUGGCUGUUGUGUUCCAUGAUCUGCUUGCCUCCGUGAGUGGUUCAAGUGCACCCAUGACAGCUUAUCUCCAGACCGGAGACUAUUUUAAUGCGGGUUAUUUGGCUUACCUUGCAGCCUCUGUCCUAAACUACAUUGAAGCUGCACCGACUCUCCAGAUAUCCAAGGCUCAGUUGAGGGAAAGCCUGGCUAAGACAGCCCUGAAUAUUUCGGUUGAGAGCACGAUGGAAAUUAACCAAGUAGUAGCCUCUCUUUUUCAAGUCACAGAGCAACCUGAGGAAGUGAACGUUCGAUCACAAGAGAUUGCCAUUACAAAACUGACGGAAGUAACUGGAGUGUUGAAAACACAGAGGAAUGAGAGCCACUGGUCUGAACAGACAGAAAUUCAGACGAGUGGAAUACUAAGGUGCUUGUCCAACAUCCUGAGAGCUGCUCUUCUGCGUCGCAGGAAUGUCAAUGUUGGUGCAGUCACACAAGUCUUCUCCAUCAUGGAAAACUUAACUGAGAUUGUUUUCCAAGGCAAAGUCCCUGGGGAGGAAGACACUGUCAUGGAAACCAAAAACUGGAGAAUCACUUUGAUGAAGGAUGAAAACUGGGACGUUGAAAAUGCUUUCUCUCCCACCAAAGCCUGCAAAAAUUGUUUCUAUCCAACACUAAAAAAUGGAAACUACUCAAGAUUGUCCUACGAUGCUGUCAUUUCCACUGCCCUGUUUGAGUUUGAUGAAAACCCUUUCCCUUGGUUGGCUUAUACUUCAGAAAUUGCAACAGCCAUCUUGGGCUUCAAAAUGGCAGAGACCAAGGCUAAUGGGGAUCUGCUAGGGAUCCUGCCUGAUGAAGCAAACAUUCUUAUCGCUAGGAAAGAUACCGAAUCAUCGACAUUUCAAUUAGCAAUGGGACCUGAUAAAACACAGACCUACACAACUGGAGGAUUUAGUCUUGAAGUGAACAGAGAUACCAAGAUCAUAUACAUCCAGAUCCUGACCAAAUUAGAAGUAGCUUUCCAGGUGCUAGUGUUUUCAGGCACUAAUGUCACUCAGAAUUUUCCCAUAGCCUCUUUUGAUGCUUUUCACAACACGACAACGGUGGCAAGCAAAACCAAGACAGUCGAUGAAGAGUGUAACAUCAAGACCCCUUACAUCAUCUGUCUCCCAGAGUCAGUGCUGAAAGGUGCAGCUCAAGGAAGCGGUGCCCAGAGUCGGAACAUUUCCAUCGUCUUGCUGACACCCUACAUCACAAGGUAUCCAAACAUGAGGCUGGUGAGCAUACACACUUUUAGCGAUCACUGCUUGUUUCUGGGGGGAGUUCAAAAUCAGUGGAGGGAAGACAUGUGCAGACUUGGUUCCCUGACCAACUGGCAACGCGUACACUGUGUGUGCAACAUGAAGCGGAGUCACAGGAGUCGGUCGGUCCUCACUGCCACAAAUACGUCCACAUUUGACAUCAAGUUCCUGGCGGCCAAAGUCAUUGUCAGCCCCAACACAGUAGAUCUUAAAAGAAACCUGAUAGCAGACAUCCCUAAGAACCCCGUGACUCUUCUAACGGUGCUCUUCAUUUUCUCAGCCUACUUUCUUUUGUCCCUCUGGGCCAUGCGAAAAGACAGGGCCGAGAUGGUCAGCAAAGACAAAAUUAUAGUUCUGCCUGACAACGACCCCUUUGAUAAAGUCAGCUUUUUGGUCACUUUGUACACUGGCAGUCGCUGGGGAGCUGGAACCAGCGCAGAUGUUUUUCUUCAGCUCAUUGGCCAGAACGGCACCAGUGAUAUCCACUGCUUACGGCAUCCAGAACUUCCUGCUUUCCGUCAAGGAAGCACUGACUGUUUUCUCUUAACUGCAAAGGAAGACCUGGGAGACAUCCGCGCCUUCAGGGUCUGGCACAAUAACAGAGGCCCAUCGCCAAGCUGGUUCUUAAGCAGAGCCAAAGUUGAACAUGUGUCCACUCAGAAGACCUGGUUCUUUAUGUGCAGGAAGUGGCUUGCUCUUGACAAGGGAGAUCGCUUACUAGAAAGGACAUUUUGCGUCACCAACCCAAAAGCACCUCUGUCCAGAAAGGACUAUUUCUUUAUUGAUCUGGCCAAUGGUCUGAAAGAGGGCCAUCUAUGGCUCUCCGUUUUUGCUCAGGUUCUCACUGGCACUUAUAGCAGGCUGCAAAGGUUAUCUUCCUGUCUAACAAUAUUAUUAUUAAACCUGUUUGUGAACAUUAUGUUCUUUAAUGCUGACAAGAAUGAAGAAUCUCCAAUGCACUUGAGGUACUUGAGAUCAAUUGCCAUAGGCAUUGAAUGUGCUUUGAUUACGAUACCUGUGGAAAUGAUUAUAAUGGCCUUAUUUAAGUAUUCCCAGAAGAACCCGAAGAGAAGUCUACCCCUCCUUUCUGGAAAUCUUAAAAACUGGAGAGGACGUUUGCAGAAAUGGAAACCUUCAGAAACAUCAGCACAGUCUGGCAGUAUUAGUUCCCCACAGAACGUUCCUGGUGACAGCAAUUCACAGGGCCUGACGCAUUACAGAAAGAUGAGAAGCCAGGUAGCUCCUCAGAACAGCAGUAACUUCCCAAUUUCAGAGGGAGGUGCAAGUACCACUGGAGCCGAGGAGCAAAUAGAAAAGAACUCCCCUCCAAAGGUUAAGGCCUGGCAGAGAGGACUACCGUCCAAUUCCAAUUUUAGCAAUAACUACGCCAAAGAAGCAGGUAACUUGCAGGAAGAAAGCAAGCUACUCAGCGUUACCUCUGUGCCUUUUCGCAAGAGACCACCCAUAGUUUUUUGUUGGUGGUGUAUCUAUCUCUCGUGGGUGUUAGUGAUAGUUGUAAGUGGGGUGUCAUCAUUUUUCAUUGUGCUGUAUGGUUUGUCUUACGGCUACCAGACUUCACUGGAGUGGCUUUUAGCGUCAGCAACCUCCUUUAUUCAAAAUGUAUUCUUUGUUUCAAUCAUAAAAAUCAUUUGUUACUCAGCUUUGAACUCAGUUCGUCCAAAAUACUGUGAACACAUUACAUGGUUUACCCAGGACCUCUCUUCUGAGAUUAAACUGGAUAAGGAAGCAAUGAAUGAAGAAGAGAUGCAAGAGAAGCACUUCAGACUUGCCCAGGUCAGAGACACCAAGCUGUAUAAGCCUUUGGAAGAUGGUGAAAUUGCAAAGAUGCUGGAAACGGCAAAAAUUAAAGUCAAGGCAUUCAUUUUCAUAAAAGAUGUUAUUGGUCACCUUGUUGUUUUAGUCCUUGUCUUAUAUUUUGCUUAUUCUACUGAGAACACUAACAGUUUCCACUACAACCAAUUUAUUCGGAACCAGUUCUCUCCUAGACUCUCUGCUGUGGUUAAGCUAGAAGAUAUUUAUAUGUGGGUGAACGACACCUUCUUGCCUUUGAUCCACAACGAUGUUCAGCGAACUUUUCUUACUGACAGCUCAUCCAAAAUCAUUGGUUUGCCUAGGAUGAGGCAAGUGCGGGCUAAAGAUACUGAGAAGAAGUGUUUCCACCCUCACAGCUUUGUAAAUAAAUUUGUGAUCAGUAAAAGCCACUGCCUUCACAAAUAUGGCAGGGACAUUGAAGAGAGUGGUGACUAUGCUGGCACUUGGACAAAAGUUGCCAACUGUUCUCUUUCCAAGGAUACCAGCAGUUGUCAUGGGUUUACUUACGAACCAAACAGGACUCCUUGGACUUACUUCUCAUAUGGAGAUUUGCACACCUAUGGACCAGGAGGAUACACGUUUUACUUUUUCCCUGAAGAAGGGAGACAUAAUUCAACAACAAGGCUGAAUUUGCUGCAAGAGAGAGGCUGGCUUGAUGAAAAGACAUGGGCUGUGAUCAUGGAACUGACUACAUUCAACUCUGACGGACAUCUCUUUUGCAGUAUCUCAGUCAUAUUUGAACUUUCUUAUUUUGGGAUCAUAAAACCAACUUUGUCAGUACACUCUUAUGCACUCCCCAUUUUCUAUCAGCAAACAAAAGGGCAGCAAUUGUUUUUUCUAAGUGCUGUUGCCUUUCUGCUCAUGUACACUGCAGAUGGCCUUUACAGCUUGGUCCAAGGAAAAAAAUGUACUAACAAGGUUUCCAGGACAAUCAGUUUCAUCUUAAAAUCGGCAUUCUUCCUUUUUGUUCCUUUACAGAUUAUAAAGUUCAAGAUGGGAGCGGAUAUCGUUCACUUUUUCUUACUUUAUCCAAACGAUUUCAUUCCUUUUCAUGCAGUUUCUCAUUUAGAUCAGAAUUUAAGGAAUACUUUGGGCUUUUUGGCGUUUCUUGCAGUUUUGAAGACGCUAAAGUAUUCUCAAUUAUUUUAUGAGGUGCGUCUGGCUCAAAGAUCGAUCUUGGCAGCCCUUCCUGGAAUCUCCUCUAUGGCCUUUGUUGUGGUGGUGUACUUUUUUAUAUUUAUGGCUUUUGGCUACCUCAUGUUUGGCCAGCAUGAAUGGAAUUACAAUACUAUGAUUCGCUCAGCCCAGACCAUAUUCUCUUACUGCGUGUCUGCUUUCAGAGAUACUGAAUUUUCCUCCAGCAGGCUGCUGGGUGGUUUUUUCCUUGCCUCCUUCCUGCUGGUGAUGACCUGUGUUUUGAUUAACCUCUUCCAAGCUGUUAUUAUGUCUGCCUAUGGAGAUAGGAAACAACUUGUCUGUGAAGAACCAUCUGAUGAAGCAAGAGUGGCUGCUUUUGUACUGCAAAGGAUGAAAAAGAUGCUGUGUUUUCUCAUCUGUAGAACGGCCAAAAGAGGUGACCCCAAUCUUUGCCACAUUGUGCACAACGGGCAGGCUGAGAGGAGACUUCAGUGACAUUUGGGCCUGAAGAAGAACAGUAAACGGGGAAAAAAUGGUUUAUCUUGUAACAAAAGCAAAGCAAGAUUUUAUAUUCCAGGCCACCUCUACCCUGUGACACUUACUUUUCAAAUAAAUGCUUGUAAAUUA